UGUUACCUCCAUGAUGUCCGACCCGACGAGUGUACAGACCAACAUGCGAAAUGCUACGAUUCCACCGUUGAAAGGUGACGGGUCUGGAGUGUAUAGAGUGCAUAUCGUCGGGAACAGUGGUGCCGGGAAGUCCACGCUGGCAGACGAGCUUGGGGCAAUGUUAAACCUCCCUGUCAUCCAUUUCGACCGACUCUUCUGGCUACCAGGCUGGAGAGAAUCACAAAAUGACGAGUUCAACGCUAAAGUCACUGCAGCACUUUCGUCUGAGGCAUGUCCGCGUGGAUGGGUCGUUGAUGGGAAUUAUAACAAGCGCCUAAGGGGACAAAUGGACUGUGCAACAGAUAUUAUAUGGCUCGACACUCCUUUCCUUCUCUACUUCCCCCGCCUCCUCAAACGCACUUUCCUACGCCUCUUCAGAAUCACCGACAGCUGUGCACCAGGCUGUGACGAACGCUUCUCCGAGGUGUUCUUCUCUCGAGACAGCAUAAUUUGGUGGUCCAUCACCAACCAUAUUCCGGUUAAGCGCAGGUGUGCAGAACGUUUGCGUGUGGAGGGCGUGCACAUGGGUGGGCGGAUGAGGAGGAUUGGUGGGUGGGGAGCAGAGUUGGAAGAGUGGAAAAGGGAUGUGAGAGAGCUGAUUAAAGGGAAGUAGACUUGGGCAGAGUGCAGUCGGGCUCAGAUACGUCCCAAAAGCCAAAAUUUAGAUUUUCUGUUAUUUUGAUUGCUGAGCUGAAUAUAAU